CUGGAUUCCUCCUGUCCGACUCGGAUGAGCAAGACGAUGAUGUCUUCGUGUCAUCAGCUCAGGCUGCAAAGCCGGGAGCGAUGGCUGCUCUCCCGGGCGAUAGCGCACCAGCUUCGCCCUGUCUGAGCAUGGACCUGCAGGCCGUGUGUCAACGUGCCGCGUCCAGGCUGGACAUCCCAUGGCCUGAAAUGGCCAAGGAGACCUCCAGGUCUCGCUACGAGGGGAAGACUUUGCCCCAAGCAGCGAGGACAAAGAGGCAGCUCCUUCCAGUCUUCCCGGAGAUGCUGGAUGAGGUGUCGGUCUCGUGGAGAGACCGCCCCUUCAGUAAUAAGGCCCCAAUCCAGGGUGCCUCCUCCCUGGACUGUGACGGUAUGGAGAGGCUCAGCCUGCUCCGCAUGCCGCCCAUGGAACCGCUGGUGGCAGCCCACCUCCAACCGAGGCUGGCUCCGACACCAAGCAGGAACCCCACGCUACCGGUGAAGGCAGACCGGUUCCAGUCAGUGAUGACGGAACGGGCCUAUAAAGCCACAGCGUUGUCCGCCAGGGCACUCAAUGUCUCCUCACUGCUGACCGCCUACCAGGCGGAGCUCUGCGAGGACCUAUCGAGCAAACCUGGGCCGGCCGUAUGGGACGAGAUCGCAGCAAUCACGGACAUUUGCCUCCGUGUGCAGCGCUGUGCAGUCCAAGCCACGGGCAAAGUCAUGGGCAUAAUGGUGGUACAGGAGAGAGCCAGGUGGCUCAACCUGACCAACCUCCCAGACCGGGAAAAGGAGGAUGUUCUUGACAUGCCUAUCGUUCCCGAGGGUACCGAGGCAACAGAGGCCACAGCCCGCCCCGAGUCCCCAGCCCAGGCAGGAGACGAGGACGAGCUGGCCGAGGAAAUCUCCGGUUUCGGCAGCUGCUGUUCAGGCACAGCCGACUCAGAUUUUCGGUCACCAGUCGAGGAAAAAGAAGAAGCGGGCGGCCUGACAGCCUCCUCUCCUCUCCUCGGUGACAGAGCUGGAAGUUCCCUGUUCCCCAGCUCCAGAUGUGUUUCCGGGUGCCACCAGGCCCCCAUCUUUCCCGGCCGCUCGAGUGAUGCCGCACGCAUCCUCAAGUUCGCGCCAGAUGGGAAACAGACUUAA